AUGAACGCCAUCCAGGACAAGUGCCGACCCAAACAUCAGGUCUUGGUGCUCAAGUGUUAUCCCAAGACGACAAAGGGAGCCGUCGAUGUCGUGCCCAACAGCAGCGAACUGAGCUAUCUGCUCUUCUAUGCAAGCAGCCGCCGCUCCAAGAUCCAAAAGAUUGGCGCAUUUCUUGAGAAGAAGACUGCCAACGAUGUCUGGCGCAUGCGAAUCGGAAAUGUUCAGGUCACGCUGGGUAUCCUGGCUGCCCUCGUCGAAAGAUCGCCGAAGGAAGCCGCCCUCAUCGCCCCUUGUGUUCUCAAGAUCCUCGGCCUGAUCCUACGCUCCGAUGAUAUUACCAUGGUCGAGUCGUCCUUGCCUACCUUUGAGGCAUUCUGCGAACACCACGACGUAUCAUCCCUAUUUGGCGACAAUGCAUACCUACAGCAGUACCAAUCCGUGGUCCGAUCCUACGCUCAACUGGCCUCGACUCGGCACAUACCCGCCAAGGGACAGGUCAGCAAACCAUUGCAGAUUCGCUGGAGGAAUGCUGGACUGGAGGCUAUCAAGCAUAUUGCGGCCUCGGACGCCCUCUCGUCGGUGGCCGGUCGCCAGAUCGAUGUUAUUGUGCCCAUGAUUCUCGAGAACAUGUGGACCACGGAUGAUGUAUUUCUUGACACGUUGCUGCAACGUGUGCAGUUGGGAGAAAAAGCCGAGCCUGAGAAGCUGCUGCAUCGACGAACGAGCAUAGCUACGGUCCGAACUGCCGACACCGUCGGUGAUACGAACCCGGUUGCGCUCUCUGGUACGGCGUUCGACGUUGACAAUCUAGCCGAAGAGGAAACAGGAGUUCUGGCAACUAAGUGCCUGAAGAGCAUCUUCAUCGUCCCUAACAGGGCACAGAUUUACGGAGCUACCAGCGCAUUGCUCAAGUUCGUUUCCAAGAGAAUUGAAGAAGGGGAAGUCUUGGUGACGAAUGACAAGACUUCUGGACGCGAUUCCGGCUGGGCCAUCAAGCUCUACGACAUUGUUUCUCGCUGGACACCUGUGCAAGACCGAUAUGUCAUUCUCGUGGCUACACUUGACAUGGUGAAUAAGACGCCCAUGCGGGAGGAGAGCUUGCCACAACAUUUGGCCUUCACUGCCAUGAUGCAGUCAUUGCUACGUUCAGAUGUCAACUUGAUUGGCCUGAGUGUCAUGGAUGUCCUGCUCGGACUAGUCAAACAGAUUAAAAAGCUGUUUCAACUACACAACGGGUCUGGCCAUGACAGUAGCCAGAGUGAAGAGAAGACCGACACCGAGCAAGAGAGCGCCACUCGCAUUCAACGAAAUGAACUGCUGGAGAGGUUGGAGGACUGCACCAGCGACCUUGCAAAUCACGUUUACUAUGCGGACCAAGUCUCUGACAUGAUUGCGGCUCUUGUUGGUCGCAUCAAACACAGUCGAUCCGCGAGCGUGGCGUCCUUGACAUAUCUCACAGAAAAGGGGGAUGCUGCCGCUGACACCACGAACGCCCCGUCCGUGGUGGACUUGACGGGAAGCCAGACGCUGCAAGAGACCUACUUCUCCCACUCCACAGGCCGGUUGUCUGCGUUGAAAAUCAUCAAGGCUAUCCUUCUUGUCGCUAGCCCUAAGACUGGCCUCGGCGGCAAUAUGGAUCUGGCUCGAAACCGAGUGCCUAUCCAAGUGUGGGAAGGCACACAGUCGCUUCUUCGAGAUCCCAAUGGACACGUUCGCAAGGCAUACGUGGACGCCUUGGGUACUUGGCUAGAUCGCGAGAUUGUGUACACGGAUUUGACUGCCGCAGACGACGCUAUCGUACCUCAUCGUACUCACAAGAACGGCGGUGAUGUUCCCAGCGCGCGCAGAGCCGUCUCCAAUACAUCAAACCGCGAGCGCCAUCACAAAGUCCAUCGCUGUCAAUUCCUGCCGCUUCUCCAUCUUGCAAUCUAUGACAGCGCACUCCAGUUUGUGGACUUUGACAACGAUGUUGUCCUGCUGCACAGUCUACUUACCAAGCUUGUCUUCAAACUGGGAGUGAAUGCAGUCCGAUGUGGCAUUCCCAUGGUCUACAGACUGCAGGAGGAUAUCCAGGAACUGGAACAGCCUAUCCACAAAGUUCGCAUUGCAUCGCUCUGCCAUGGUUACUUCUGGGCAUUGGCUGAGAAAUUUGACUUUGAGUCGUCGGUUGUUGGUCGCGCCGUUUACAAUGAAAUCGUCCGAAGGAAGAGCAAGGGCUUCUGGGUCGAUGGCGUGCAUGUUCCGGCACCGACCCCUAGUCAGAUCGGAGUACCUGGACAAGCGAGACCACAUCCUAACUGGGAUCUAAGCGCCUUGGAGACGGAAGAGAUCCUGCCCUUUGAUGAUCGAUCCUCUAUGGUCGAGUGUAUCGCCACCAACUAUGAGGAUACCGACUUAUCGCCUCCUAAUAGCCCUGCGGUGUCCCCAGGCCGAAAUCUGAAUGGUCCCAUUCUCAGCACCAACGCUGGGGUCGGAAACUCGCCUCGCAAGUUUUCGGAGCUGCCGCCCCAAUUCAGAGACCAGAUGUUGGCUGACUGGUCGAGAGAUUCUGCGCUUGCUGCCAUUUCAGCCGCAGGGAAGUCUGAAUCGCUCAACGGUUCAAAGACCGGUACCACUGGUACUACACAGAACCGCCUCACCAUUAACACUGCUGGUGCGGCUCUCAAUGGCAAUGGCCAUCUGCCUACCUCUCCUCGAGGCAGCCAUCAGAACCUGCGACCACAGACAUCUCACACACACGGGGACCGAUUGACGAAUGUUUCGAAAUUGCGCAAAUCCAGUAUGGUGAGUGGAUUGUCACCAGCGGGCUCGACAUCCGGCAAGGGCGGUAUCGCAUCCGUAGAGCAGCUGAAGAUGAUGUUGUCAGGCAAUGUGUCUCCACAAACUGCAGGAAUCCCUGGCAUGGACGAUGACAGCGACGAGAGCAUGAUUAGCUGCGAAUAUAGCAUGUCCGAAAACAGCUUCAACCCCGCCGCUUCGCAACCGGAUGCUCCCGCCACAACAGGCGAGGUGCUGGCAAGAACUAUUUCAGCUUCAGCGUCCGUAAAAGGAGGACCAUUGUCAUCAAACCCGGCCUCCCAUGACGGUGGACCACCCGUCCCACACCUUUAUGGUGAAGAUGACGAUGAAGUGCCUCCCGUACCGCCAUUGCCAAAUCUCAGCUCAUUGUCAAGCAAGAUUGGUGGGCAAUCGAUUGAGUCACCAGGCGGGAGGCGCAACCUCAGCAGCCGCGGAGGCGAAAGCGUAAGAGCACAGUCUAUGCGGUUCCGCGAGGAGAGCAGCAAGAGCAUGGAUUUGCAAGAGCUCCUGCGGGGCAUUGACAGCCGGUCUGGUGAAGGAAGUUUGGGCAAUCUUACCAAGCCACCGUAUUAG